AUGAGUUCCAACCAAGUCCUUUCUCGCACAGCGUGGCGCCAGUCCGACUCAGACUUGCCCAGCGAGGAUGAUUCCAGCGUUCUAGCCCACCACCAAGUAAAGCACCAUACCGGCUAUGAGCACGGUUACUCUUAUGCCCCUGAGGUCAGAGCUGGAUCCAUUUUGUACGCUACGGAUACGUCGUCUCCCGAUAUUCCGGGCCCUUCGGCAGGUGGUCCAGCAAAAGCUGUUACUAUGCGCUCAGUGCCCUACGCAGUGAAUGAUAUCCCUGAUAAUAAUAGCAGCCAUUACGACUAUGAACCUGAAGAUGGCCCCAUGGGACCACCAGACGGCGUGGCACCUCCCCAAAUUCACUCCCCCGAGCCGGAUGGGCCUUUAUCCGGGUUUUCACAGGUCCCCAACUUGGAUCCAACCCCAAAUAUGGUUGCAAACAUUCGUCACUUGUCUCCAGAUGUGGGAAGCUUGUAUUCGGAUGCUCGCAGCUCUCGAGAGCCGUCACCUCGCAAAUCCUCGCCGGCUUUCGCGGGUCACCGCAAGACUGGCUCUGCAUCCUUAGAGUUCUGGAUGCCAACUGGUAGCCAGAGCCCCCAACCUCAACAAAAGCUUUCCCCAAGAGCCAAUGUGUUCAGCUCGUCGUCUUCUCGUGUUUUCGAGCUCUCCGCCGUACACGAGGGAGCAAACUCUGAGGCGCUUAUGCCCCGGCUUAAAACCAUUGAGCUUUAUCGGAAAAACGCCCAAAAGAGCAAUGACCCGGUAAUCCAAUUCCAGCUGGCACAGUAUAUGGUACAGACGGCGUUGAUGCCUGGGUACGCUAAUGAGGAGGAAAAAGUAUUGAAGGAGAAACUCUUGAAAGAGGCCCUAGCAUUUCUGCGAAGACUAGCAGAAAGAGGACAUUCAGAUGCACAGUAUCUCUUAGGAGAUGUUUACUCUUCCGGUGCGGUUGGAGGAAAACCUGACCACAAACAGGCUUUUCAUUUCUUUUUGUUAGGAGCUAAACAUGGCCACGGCGAGGCAUCAUAUCGUGCCGCGUUAUGUUUGGAAGAAGGAUGGGGAACAUCGCGAGACGCUGGUCGCGCUCUCAAAUUUUACAGGGCUGCUGCCGCUCGCAACCAGCCAGGUGCGUUAUAUAGACUGGGGAUGAUUUAUUUCUUUGGCGGGCUAGGAAUAAGUGACAAUUCCAACAACCGACUAGCUGGUAUCAAAUGGCUAACCCGAGCUGUGAACGCUGCCACAGAAAUUUACAAUCGUGCCCCUUAUGACCUGGCAAAGAUCUACGAAGCUGGUUAUAAAGACAUUGUAUUCAAAGAUCUUCCUUAUGCUGUCAAACUUUAUGUCCGCAGUGCCGAGCUGGGUUUUAUCCCUGCUGCAUUCAAACUAGGCCAGGCCUACGAAAUGGGAUUACUGAACUGCCCGCAAGACUCAGCUCUGUCCAUCCACUACUACACGAUCGGUGCUCUCGGCAACGAUCCUCGUUGCCAACUUGCUCUAUGUGCGUGGUAUUCCCAAGGUGCCGAACCUCAUUUCCCUGUAAAUGAAGAUGAAGCGUAUGAAUGGGCUUUACGGGCUGCCCACAACGGCCUUCCGAAAGCGCAGUAUAUCGUGGGUGUAAUGCUUUCCAAAGGAUUGGGCUGUGAUCGUGAUAUUUAUAUGUCUACGCAAUGGCUCAAAAAGGCCGCGGCGAACGGGUUUGAACCAGCAGUCAAACGCCUAAAAAGCGAUGCGUCCAAUGAUUCCAACAAAGAAUGUGUUAUCAUGUAA